AUGGACAAACUCGAUUCCAGUCUUGAUCCACUUCCUGGUCCCGUCGGGACGGGUUGUGGCGAGGAUCAAGCCGCCCUGGUCGUAGAGGGUGGUCCAGGCGGCGCUGAUGUGGACGCUGGCUCAUUGGAAGGAAGAGGACGGGGCUGUUUUGUAGAGGAUGAGGCUGUUGAAUGGGGGGGCUUUAAUGGUGAAGCGUGUUUGUAG